CGUCCCGUCCCAUCCCAUCCCAUCCCGGGGGGGGCGGGCGGGGCCGCCGUUGACUCACGGUCGGGACAGGCGGAAGCGGCGCCGGGUGCCCGGGGCGGAGCGGGGCGGAGCAGCCCGGGAAGGAGCCCGGUGAGCGGGGGGGACCCUCCCGGUACGAGCCGGCCCGGUAGGGAGUUCUCCCGGUAAGGACCGGGGCAGCCCGGUGCAGGAGAGCCCGGUAUCGGCUCUCCCGGUGGGGAAUUAGGGCAGCCCGGUGCAGACUAUGGGCUCCCCCGGGAGGGAAUAGGGCACCGUGGUGCGGGGCAGCCCGGUGCAGGGUGCGGGCUCUCCCGGUGCAGGGUGCGAGCUCUCCCCGGUGGGUCUGGCUGCCCUGGCCAUGGAGGUGCCGGGGACGCCCCCGGUUGCCGGGAGUUGUUGGCAGGACCCGCUGGCAGUAGCGGGCACGACGGGCCGGCCGGUGUGCAGGACGCGGGGACGGGCGAGCGGGCGACGGGCGCUGAGCGUCGUCUGUGUGCUGGGCCGGGAGCCGGCCGCCUGCCCCGCGCUGCGCAGCCUGCGUGAUGCGUGCCGUGACCUGCGGGCACGCCUGCACACCCUGCCCUUUGGCACCCUGGCGCUGGGCGACACCGCCACGCUGGACCGCUUCUACAACGCAGACGUGGCCGUGGUGGAGCUGAGCGACUCCGUCUGCCAGCCCUCCCUCUUCUACCACCUGGGCGUCCGCGAGAGCUUCAACAUGUCCCACAAUGUCCUGCUGUGCUGCCAGGCCGACCUGCCCCCCCUCCAGGCCCUGCAGGAGGACAUCUGCCAGAAGAACUCGGGCCUCUGCAGCAGCUACACCUUCAUCCCCUAUGCGGUGACCCCCCAGAACAAGGUCGUCUGCUGCAGCACCGGGGCCAUGAAGUGCCUGACGGAGCUUUUCCAGCCCAGCUUCGAGACGGACACCUUCUUCACCCCGCUGGCAGCCCGGCUCGUCCAGCUGCUGGAGGGGAUCCCCACCGACUCCUGCGGGUAUUUUCAGGAGACGAUCCGGCGGGAUAUCCGGAGGGCACGGGAAACGUACCGAGGGGAGCAGCUGAGCCGGGAGCUGAUCCGCAUCCAGCAGCGCCUGGACAGAGUGGAGCUGCUCAGCCUGGACAUCGUGGUGAACCUCCUCCUCUCCUACCGCGACGUGCAGGAUUACGAUGCCAUCAUCUCGCUGGUGGAGACCCUCCAGGUGCUGCCGACCUGCGCCGUGGCUGAGCAGCACAACGUCCGCUUCCACUACGCCUUCGCCCUCAGCCGGCGUAACCGUGCCGGGGACCGGGAGAAGGCCCUGUCGGUGCUGCUGCCCGUGGUGGAGCGUGGGGAGAGGGCUGCGCCCGACCUCCUCUGCUUGUGCGGCCGCAUCUACAAGGACAUGUUCAUCAGCUCCGGCCUCACCGACACCCAGACGAGGGACCAGGCUUUCUACUGGUACAGCAAAGCCUUCGAGAUGGAGCCGAGCCUCCAUGCGGGCAUCAACGCUGCCGUGCUCCUCAUGGCCGCCGGGCACCAGUUCGAAACCUCCGUGCAGCUGCAGCAAAUCGGGGUGAAGCUGAGCUGCCUGCAGGGUCGCAAGGGCAGCCCGGGGGAGCUGCGCUACUACUGGGACGUGGGCUUUUGCCUCGGAGCCGGCAUCUUGGCCAACGACCUCAGCAAAGUCAUCCAAGCCUCUGAGAAGCUCUACAAGCUCAACGCACCGGGCUGGUACCUGGUCUCGGUCAUGGAGACCUUCCUGCUCUACAAACACUUCCAGAGGAGCCCGCAGGUCCCCUCUGCUCAGCAGGAGCUGGCUGAUUUUUGGCUGGGCUUCCUCCUCAAGGCGUGCCAGCCCUUCAUCGCCACGCCACGCUGCCCGGUCCUGGUCCUGGAGCUCAACAAGGUCCUGCAGCCAGCUUGGUUGGCACUGCACGGUGGCACGGAGGAGCACGCCCUGAGUCUCGCCCUCGUCUGCCCCACAGAGGAGAAGGCGGCAUUGAGCUGGACCUUCGCCGCCGCGGCCGUCCGGGGCGUCAGCAUCUGCAAGUGCGACGAACGGGGCUGCUUCCUCUACGUGAUGCACGCGGAGGAGGAUUUCCAGCUCUACUUCCCCUCCCAGCAGCACUGCCGGUGGUUCUGCGACCAGAUCCAGUCCCUCAUGGCCGAGCAGGCGGCGAGCGGCGAGGAGGUGCCCAGCCCCACGCAGCCCAUCCUGGAGUACAGCUACGAGUACUCGGAGACGGGCGAGCGGGUGGUCCUGGGCAGGGGGACGUACGGGGUCGUCUACGCCGGGCGCUGCCUCAGCAACCAAGUGCGCAUCGCUAUCAAGGAGAUCCCGGAGCGAGACAGCCGGUACUCGCAGCCCUUGCACGAGGAGAUCGCCUUGCACAAGCGCCUGCGGCACAGGAACAUCGUGCAGUACCUGGGCUCCAUCAGCCAGGGUGGCUUCAUCAAGAUCUUCAUGGAGGAGGUGCCGGGAGGGAGCCUCUCGUCCCUGCUGCGCUCCAAGUGGGGACCCCUCAAGGACAACGAACCCACCAUCAUCUUCUACACCCGCCAGAUCCUCAACGGGCUCAGCUACCUCCACGACAACCACAUCGUGCACCGCGACAUCAAGGGAGACAACGUCCUCAUCAACACAUACAGCGGGGUGCUGAAGAUCUCCGACUUUGGUACCUCCAAGCGGCUGGCGGGCAUCAGCCCCAGCGCCGAGACCUUCACGGGCACCCUGCAGUACAUGGCCCCAGAAAUCAUUGACCAGGGGCCGUGGGGCUAUGGGAAGCCAGCGGAUAUCUGGUCCUUGGGCUGCACCAUCAUCGAGAUGGCCACGGGCAAGCCCCCCUUCUACGAGCUGGGCAACCCCCAGGCUGCGAUGUUCAAGGUGGGCAUGUUCAAGAUGCACCCGGAGGUGCCCGAGUCCAUGUCGGACAAGGCCAAGACGUUCAUCCUGCGCUGCUUCCAGGCCGACCCGGCCACACGGGCGACGGCCGCCGCGCUGCUGCGGGACCCCUUCCUCGCCAGCACCGGGAGGGCCCGGAGCCAGCCCCUGCCCUCGGCGGGGGGCGAGCCCCCCCACUUCGGGCAGCAGGAUGAGGAUGUGGAGGGCAGCGAUGGGAGCAGGGGAUGUUCCUCAGCCAGGCAGGACGCCCCGGUGAGGGGCACAGAGGGCAGCCCCCCGCUCCUGUGCCCCCCCAGCGAGGCAGCCUCCAGCCACGGCCACUUGGGCGCUGCCCAGGACUCGGCCGGCUCCAACCGCAGCCUGUGCUCGUCCUCCCCGGAGGACAGCGGGGACGGGUUCCUCCUGCGGAAGGACAGCAAGCGCCGGGCCACGCUGCACCGCGUCCUCACCGCCGAGGCACCCGCCAUCGUCGCUGCCUUGGAGGAGAGCCAGAGCACGACAGGCGUGAGGUUGGGCUCGGAGCAUCUCGCUCAGCUGCUGAGCUGCCUGCGGAGCUACAUCCAGUGCCCCAACCAGCACCGGCUGCGCCAGGACCUCCUGGCACUGCAGACCCAGCUGCGGGUGGAGGGGCUGAGCCUCCCCCACCUCCAGGCUCCCCUCUUCGGCUUCCAGGCAGCGGUGAGAGGGGUGCUGCGCCGGCAUCGCAUCAAACCCCACUGGAUGUUUGCGCUGGAUGACGCUGUGAGCCAGGCGGUGCAGGCGGCUUUCACCAUACUGGUGAGAGACCUGGGACCGAAGGCCGGCUGCCUGGGGGGCAACGGCACCAAGGACACAAGUGACGAGGACACCCCUAUGCCGCCAAGACCGUCCAUCCCCAGGAGCCAACCCCAGCGGGACAGCACCAAUUUGGGGUUCGGCACCAAUUUGGGGCUCGGCACCGGCACCAGCACCCAGGCGGACCCUCUGCCCUCCCUGCAGGCAUCCUCGGCGCUGGUGGCGCAGCUCUGUCACCUCCGCACAGAGACGAGCAGGCUGCUCCGGGAGCUGGCCCAGAAGGAGCAGGAGUGGCAGCAGCUGAUGCAGCGGGUGCUUCGCUCCGGGGACGAUGACACCGUGGUCCCCAGCCGGCUCCAGCGCAGCAGGGAGCACGGGGAGGUCCCCCCACGGUGCUUUGCCCCAGCGCAGGAUCACUCGCCGCUGAGCCCCCAGCCCCCCCAGCGACAGGCUGACCCCCUCCUCCUCGAGUGGCUGCAGCGGCACGGCACGGACCCAGCCACCACGGCCACGCUCCUCUCCCACGAUUUCACGCUGCGGGACCUGCUGGGCUGUGCCACCCGUGACGACCUCUUCUACGUGGGCAUCAGCAGGCGUGGGCCAGCGUACCGUCUCUGGGCAGCCAUCCUGGAGCAUCGCCGGACCCUCACCCAGCGGGAAGGGGAGUGAGCCCCCACCCCAGGGCUGGGACGUGGCCCCCGGGGCACCCAGCCACCGGCGCCCUGGGGCUGCCACCACGGGGGCAGGAUGGUGACGGAGGGGACAGCCCCAUGCCAGGAGCAGGCGGAUGCAGCGGCUCCAGCCCCGUGCCGGAGGGAGAAGUUGGGGUGCGGUGCCCAGAGCAAUAAACAGCUGCCAGAUGU